AAAAAGGAACUUCCAGGAUUUUCCCAGCUUCAACACGCAAGUCUACAGGGAAAUGCCAUGGUGUCGCCUAUAAAAUGAGUGGAGCGGUGAACAUACUAGUAUACCUAACACGGCUGUACAAGUAACAUCAUAUAGUCCGCUGAGCACCACCCGACUUCCUGAAAUGAAUACGAUUCUGGUUUUACUGACUGUGCUGUCUGCAUGUUUGACCAAAGGGAAAGCGACCAGGGGAGGUCAUUGUUACGACGACAAUGAUUUGCAAAAGUACAAACACUUUGUUGGAAAACAUGCAUGGAAUAAUUACCCAUCAUUUUACAUGGUGAAGGAGCUAGAACAGCUCGAGAGCGGCGGGAAGAGGCAAAGACGGCACACUGGACACAGCUGCCCCAAUCUUGUUGCCAGCAGUAUUCAGCAGGUGACAGAGGAUCACAACACUCGCUCUAUCUCCCCCUGGCGUUACACAAUUGAUGUGGACGAAAACAGGUUACCGAUGAAACUCGCCUUUGCUGAGUGCCUGUGCUCGGGGUGCAUUGACGUCAGGACUGGGAGAGAGACCGACGCCGUCAACUCUGUUACAGUCAACCAGACCAUGAUGGUACUUCGCAGGAAGCAGUGCUCAGACCAGAAGACAUACGCUUUCCAAGUCGAAUAUAUCAAGGUACCGGUGGCAUGUACCUGUGUGCUUCCAAAAAGCCAUUUCUAAAUGCCUCUUGUAGAGGUAUUUGGAAUGAAACCUGCUUGUAGUGGCAGGAAUCACACACCAGAAAAGUUGUGUUUGUUUUAAAACGCGCUUUGUUGUAAUGGGUCACAUUAACCCAAAACAGUAGUAUAUUUUUAACCAAUCAUGUUUUUACAUGACAACGUACUGUUAGACACAGUGUAUUUUGAAGUUUAUAUUUAAAUGCGUGAUUUAUAUUUAUUUCGAUUUAAUUAAUUAUGUAUAAUUGUUUAGUUUGAAAUGCAAUCUUUUAAAAUGCCUAAUGUAGUUAGAAGUUUUAUAAACUACUAACUAUUGGAAGCAGCUUGUGUGAGGCGUUUUUGUUUUGUUAUUCAUAUUUAAUUGUAUAAUUUAUUUAAGUUAUUUAUUUAUUUCAAUAUUAAUGGAACUGUCUUAAGAAGCAAUAUUGAUGAUGUUUUAUUUAUUUGAAAUGUGUUCUGUUAUUUAAUAAAAGCACAAAAUAGGCUCCACAGUCUUGUGAAAAUAGUUAGAGAUUAUUAAGUUCUCUAUGGUCCUUCAGAGAAGGUCUGUUUAUUUUAAUGAAGUGUAGUUCAGUGAGAAGGCUGAACUUCGAAUGUUAAGCAGUUUACCACUGAUGGUAUUUUAGUAUAGAAUUGAACAUCAAUGGGGACACUGUAGGUUUUAAAUUAUUUAUUUAAUUAUUUAUGACACUGUAGGUUUUAAAUUAUUUAUUUAAUUAUUUAUGACAAAUCAUUAUUUAUUGCAAAAUGUUUGUAUACACUGCCUUGUAUUUAUUGUAUGAAGAAGAGAUGAACAGCGCUCUUGUGUGGUUCAUAUCACAGAACCGCUCUAUGAAAUGCUUUUCUUGUGAUUAUGAACGUUUGGCUUGUGUUGUAUUCUGCCUAUUUAAAUAAACAUUUUUUUUC